UGCAAAAAUUUCUAAGUAAAUGAUUACGGCAUUCCACUUUCUCUACGGUUAAAUUGUCAUAUGGCCGAGCUUCAAUGAUUUUUUUAUAAGUGYUACUGUCACCAUCUCCAAUCAUAAURUUAUAUUUUAUUCCAUGUUGUUGUACACUGGACUGAAAGCCCUUCACCAAUAUUUCAGAUUCCAUGCUUGCUGAACUUCCAAAAUGAUUUUUAUUACAAUUAUGCAAUUUAUCCCUUCCACCUUCUCUAGUGCAAAUAACACAAUACUUGUUUUUCACACCAUAGAACAAAACUUUUUUUGUAUAUUGUCCAAUUAUAGCUGCCACCCCUGAUAACGCACUGUAGUUACUGCGAUAACUUCUUUUGGACCAGCAACCGUCCACCACAACUGGUACUAAUGGAAAUCCCUGUUCAUCAACAGAAUUUAUGGAACGAGCGUAUUCUGCUUCUUCCUCUCCAGCCUUACUCAUUACGUYUUCCGCAGUUUGUUGCCAUUGUGGUGCUAGUUUGUGGUGAUAUUUAGAAUAUGUUUUUGAAGACAUACACGGAAUGUUUAAACAUGAUAACCAUUCUUCUAAGUUAUAAAAACCUCCCCCAAUUGACAUGAUKCCAUUUACAGCGCACGUAUUUAAAUCAAUUUGAUUAUCAGGGGUAGUCUUUUGAGAAUUUAAAUGGAAAGACAACCCACACAUGUCACAUUUUAAAAUAAAUUUCGAAAUCAAUCCUGUCCGAAUCUCUUUAACUAACUUACUUUAACUGUACAUUUUGUAGAGUGCAUUCAAAUACUUUUGAAUGAUUCGAGAUUUCUUGAAGACUUUCGAAAAUAUAUUGGAAAUCUAUAAUUCGGUUGCCUUCCACGGGUUCUAUAAAAAGAAAAUUAGAUACUCAGCAAAUAACAAAAAUUUAGCAGGUUUUACCGUAUGUGGGAAUUUCCUUAGAUUUAUUUAUAAGAGAAAUGUCUUCCACAGUUUCCAAGAAUUCUUCUGGUGUAUUAUUAACAGUUUCUGGAGAUGUUUCAGCGGUUUCCUGCGGAGAUGUAGCGUGUUCAAAAGAUGGAACUUCUAGGUCUUCUUGUGGAUCGCUGCAAAUCUUUGACAAAACAUUUUUUAUAAAAAAACUCAUACCAGGUGAAUAAAAAGUAUGGAAUCAGACGUUUUUUGCUUAAAGUAUUUUUGUAUUACUUUAAUUUAUAUUAAUCAUUAUUUUCUGGAGGCUAAUGAUAUUUACUCUGUAUAAGUUGCCAUUUUAAUAAAAAAAAUCGCAUAACUCAAAAACAAAACAAGAUUUCAUUCUCAAGAUACGAUCACUAUAGUACUUUAAUUGCUAUUAAUUAUUAUUUUCUAGAGGCCAAUGAUUAAAAAAAAAAAAAGAAAAAGAUUACUUACAUUUUUAUUAUUCCGUAAGUUUUCCACAUUUCCCUUUCUGCGUUUUCUAGAUGAAAGCCUUCUCACAUUUUUUUCAUUUGCUUUGGCCAUACCGAAAUCAAAAUAGACCUAAAUAUAGAUAAUAGGUAGGAAUAUUAAAUAAUACAUAAAGAUUUUUUGAAGUACUUACGUUCAAUACAAUAAUAAAAGUAACUUUCACUAAAUAUAACUAGAACACAAAACUAAAAACACAACACUAAACACAUACACGAAUUAAAACUAUUAAAAUUUUUAACAAAGACCGAGAUAAACGAAAGACUUCUUGGAGUUGUCCAGACGAAAAUCCAAAUGAAGGAAAAUUUGUCUAAGAUGCCCUUAUGCCUGAGCGGGUAGCGGGGAACGGAUUGGAACCACGGGGGAUCGGUUUCAGUUUUGUCAAUUUAUACCUAUCUCUUCAAUCACAACUACUGUUAGAUGUGUUAUAAACAUUAUUAAACAAAGGUUAUUUAAUUAAGAUUUGCUGAAAAUUAUAAAAAAAAAUAAUUAAAGGUAAAAUAAAAUGGAUAGAUAUCGAUAUUACAAUGUAGGUAUUGGUUUAUUUACUUCAGAAUCCACAGAAAAGCCGCUGUUUGGAAACAAAAUUAUCCCAAGUAACUUAGUAGGUACCGAACGGUUGGAUGCGGGUAGUACCAUAAAGUAAUUUAGAGAUUGUACUUGCGGUUGCAGGCAUUAGCUUUUAAGGGCUGGUUGUAAAUUACAAAUUUUAAACGGAAUUUUAGAUUGAAAAUAAUUCUACCACAAUAACGUUGUUAUUUAUUAAGAUAUUUUCGUCGAAUUUAAAACUAUCGUCAUAAAUGUAUAUUUUCUACGUUUUAACCGAGGGAAAUCCCCUAAAUUCUUUUUAGUUUCUGAAUUAGACAGUUUGACGAAUUUCUCAUUUUUAUGGAAAAUUUGUUUUGUAUUUAAAUGACUUUAGAAACAAAAUUUUGAAAUUUUGCUCGGUUAAAGUGUACAAAAUUGAAUGCUCUUUCAAAUAGUGUCGGUUUUACUAAAAUCCGUUGAUUAACUUCUUCUCUACAGUGGCAGAACUAUACAUUGAAUGUUCCAUAAAAGAGUUAGGUAGCGAGGCUCAUUAAAACGUUUACUGACAGCGACCUUUCUUCUGAAAAACUCAAAAAUCACUGUUAUUGAUAUCUUACCUUUGAAUCAAUUGAUUUUAUCAACUUUAUUUAGACACAAAAUUCACUGACACUCACAGUUCUUGGUACAUUCGGACUCAAAACACAGUCAAUAGACGGCUAUUUGACAAAUAACUAACUAACUGCUAAAACACGUUGGUGAAAUGAAUUUAAAUUUAACAAAGCCGUUAAAUUUAAUUAAUGAAUAACUAACUAUAGAUUUAAUUGUUGUUGGUGAAACCCACCCUAAGUAUUUUGGAUUAAUAAUGCUUCUAAUACAACUGGCGAAACCGGGUAAUUUGAGAUGUUUACACCAAAACCACGGGGUUUCGGGCCAUUGAAUAACUGAUCCUUUUCUUUUGAGUGUUUCUCCUCUUGCCUCUGAAUUGUACUCACUAGUUUUAGAUCUAUUUUAUAUUCAUUUUGGGUUCACCCACUUUUACUUGUUAGAUUAACUUAGAACCUAGUAAAUCAAAUAAUGAAACUUGAACUUCGUUAUUAGAAACUACAAUAAAUUGUUCGUUUGUCUUAAUUAUUAUUGGACUUAGCUAGUAAGAUUUCAUUUGAAUUAAUUGUUCUUAUUAAUCUUUAGUAUAACCCUUAACUCAGAAGGGGUUUCGCUAGACGUAACUUUUUUCUUUUAUUUUUACUUUGUAAUACUUUCAAAAAUCUUAAUUAUUAGUUUAAUAAAUUGUUAAUAUUAUUUUCGAACACAUGAACUGCUUAAAUCCUUCAUCUUCCCAAAGUGAUUGGCUCCACAAAAUAACGCUGGAGAACCUACCUCAAACAAAUUUUAUUCUUCUUGUGGCGCAACCCGCUCGGACCGUAAAAGAAUUCAAAACUUUUAUCAAAGAGUCUUAAACACCCGCCACAGAUGAAUUGGCGCAGUCAGUAGGAUACAAUUGCUUUUGGGAAAGAUCAAUUCACUUAAUGAUGAGAUUGAAUUAGAGGCAAAAUUAAUUACUCGAACAAGAUGUCUGCGGAUUCUUGUUUAGUUCUUAUUUUUUUAUUAUAUUUUUGGUUUGUUUAAAAUAUUAAACGUUUAUGGGAAUUACGGAGAUGUUGGGUUACAAUGACGCAAGAAAUAACUAUCACCACAAUUUAUUCAUAAAAAAUAUAAAAUAUGUAAAUGACAUACUACCCUCUCCAGGCCCAUACUGUGCAAUUAUGGCCUCUACGGGACCAAAAGGCCCCCAGGUCCCCUUGAUGGGCCCACUGCCGCGUCGCAGAGGGUGGGCGUGCCACCCACUUAAUGGUCACUCGGACCACCAUCUCUAAGAUGGUGGACGGCACCAAAUCCAUGAUACGGUCCACGUCCCACAUAUCGAUUUGGGGGUCGGCUAUUAGCUCCCCCAUGUAGUCAUUUAAAUAGCCCGCGGGCCUACCUCCACCUAAAAAAUAAAAAAAAUUUCAACCAAAAUUAAAUAAAUAAAUCAAAUUUCGGUAAUAAAGUGUUUAGAGCAAAACAUUAGGAUCAAAGUGACUAAAUAUAAGGACAUUUAUAAAAAAUAAUAAAAAAAUUUUAAAAUUAGAUAGCUAUAUUACAAAUCAGACAUGCGAUAACUUAAAGCAACUUUUAAAAAAAAAAUUAAUCAAAAUUACUUGGUAAAAUAUUAACAAAAAUAGAAUAAAUAAUUUUUACUCAAACAAAGAAUUUAGGUAACAAAAUCCUAAACAUAGGAAUAUAAAAAAUAUAUAUAUAGUAAAUAAAUAAUUAAAUAAAUUUUUGUACUUACUGCUCAUGUUGAUUAUUUGACACUUCAAGACUAAAUGAAGUCAAGACUCGGCCUCCUACACCAAGAUUUUUACUUUUCGGUUAUUUAGAGGGUAGGGGGUAGGUAGAAAUAGAGCGGUCAAGCCAAAAGGGUAAUAAAAGAAGCCGGGUACUAACAUCUGGACUUGCACGUGACAUAUUGGAAAUUCCUAAUUCCCAGGUCAUUUCAAAUAAUUCCACCCCGCUUAGGAAAUUAAGGCCCGUCCGGUGGAAGAACAUAAUUUACAACACCCAAAUUGCCGCACGCUGGUUAUCUGUAUGAUUUCGAAACUUUGCGGAGACGGUUUUGUUGUGGUGCUUUCAGGUAUAAAUUCGCUCAAAUUUUUAUUAGCAUUGUUGUAAUAUUGCUACCCGAUUUUAGAUUGCGAAUUAUUUAAUUUUGGAUUACCUCUUGAAGUUAUCGACUUGGAUAACAACAAUCUAUAUUUUGCUAGUUGUAAAAGUUCAAAAAAGCGCCGCAAUCCACUUUUGUUUUUGAUUUGGAAAUUUUAAUUUUUUUAAAAACGAGCUCGCAAAUAUAAUUUUAUACUUUUUAAUGUUUUAUUAGGGUUCUUUUAAUAUUAUCGUAGAUAAUUGCCAAUUUAGUUUACUUAUAAGGAGGUUAUAUCACCUUGGUGAUAAAUAAUAACAAAUAAAUAAAAAUCAAAGGAAAUUAUUUUUUAUUUAGUAAAAAUUCUUAUUCAUUAAUUUAAUUGAAUUUCCUUUAGUGGCAUACUUCUGGACGCUCUUGGAUCAAUUAUUUCCGGAAGUAGUGCCCUCAUGUAAAAUUUCUCCAACUUCGACUCCAUUUUUUGCUUCCAGAAUUCAUCCUCCUUUUGAAUCACUUCUGUUUUCAAUCGGUUUUCUCCAGUCCACACACAUAACAGACAUUUUUGCUUGUUGGUUACGUGCAGCUGUCCCUGGAUCUGAUAAAACCAGUCAUGGUUUUUAUUAAUUUCGAAAACUCCUUCGGAUUUAAAUUUCCAAAACGUUAUUAGUUUUUUUUAUGGCUUCCUUGGGUGUAUAUUUUUGUUUAAAGGCCCUAUACGGACAUUUUAUUUCCACUAUCAUUUCUUCAUUUUUAAUGAUACCGUCUGGUGAUGCUCCCAAAAAAAAAACUUCCCUGUCAGUAAAUAAUCCGCAGCGUUCAACAAUAAUAUUUUCCCCCCUUUCAGCACUUAGUUUCUUCUCCAACUCCCUCCUGGCAUCAAUUUCAUGAAUUUUACCGUGAUUUAACGACGGUAUAUUUGGCGAAGUUACAUUGUAAAGUAAAUGUUUUACCGUAGCAGCAGUAUUUGUGGUUUUUCUUAAUUUAUAUAUUUUGCCAAAAUUUGACGCUGUUAACAUCUUUCUUCGCAUUUGCAUCCAUCUCCUCCUACAUCUUGGUCUCUUGUAUUCUUUUCGAUUUUUUCUAAUUCUUUGUCCGUUUUUCUUAAUUUUAGUAAAUAUUCCUUUUCUUCUUCCUUAUACAUUUCUUGGCACAUAUCGGGCUGUUGCGAUGCCUCGCUAUACGAUUUGGUAUCUUUUGUAUCGUGUUUAAAAUUAUUUCUUAACCUAUUUCUUUUCGAAAGCCUAUCUUUUGUUAUUUUUUUUAACCUACGGUUUUCAAUUGUGUAAAUAAUUUUAUUGUAUUGUACUGUUCGUCAUUUUAGUAUUAUGCGAAAUAACGUCGGUAGCACAUCUUGCUUGAUAUGAGUUGCCAAGCCCAUAAUUAAUUCUUUUGCCUCCAACAAAUUUGGCAACAAUGGAGUGAUACUGUUCACAAAUAUUACUUGUAAAAUUCAUUAUAAGACUUUUGGCGUGAUUAGCAGUGUACCUACUGACGUAUAUUAUUUUAUUUAGAAAUUUAGAAAUUUUAAAAAUCUCUAAAAUUUUCUUUUACAAAUUCAAGACAUCUGUGUCAUCAGCUUGUCGGCGGGUGUGGUUGUAAAUUUGGGUCUAAUUGUUUGCGGUUACAUUUUAUGUGGGGGUUGUAAAUUAUUUUGUGCUCACUCGAUUUUCGAUUCCAAAUCGUCAUACCUCUGUAGAGGUGUUAUUUAUAAAUAUUUUUUUACCGGACUUGAAAUUAUCACCUUAAUAUACAACAAUCUACAUUUGGACUGUUUUAAAAGUUCGGAAAAACGUCUUAAAAUGUAUUUUUUUAAAAUGCGCACUUUUAUUCAAACUUUCUGUACCUAUAUUACAAUUUGUAGAUAACCUAUCGCAAUUCUAAAACAGUUAAAAUGUAGAAAAAAAAAAUCUCUUUCACAUGAUACCAAAUUCAUAAAAAUAUCUUUAGUAGUUUUGAAAUACAGAGGUAGACAUUUACAUUGGAACUCCCAUAAGAGAUUUUGCUCCGGCCGCCUCUUAAUAAAAACUUUAAUUAAAACUUGUUGUACAGAGGAAAGGGCUAAGAGAAAAAGUCAUUUUGUGUUUUAAACACCAGCCACACAAUGUUAAAUCUACUGUUUAGUUUUUAUCAACUAAUUUCAGUAGAUAAGGUAGUCUUUUAUCGUGUAGUGAAAUAAAGUAAUUUUUAUCUACUGUUUAUAUUCUUUAUUUUGUGCAAGAAUUUCUGGUAGGUGAGUACAAAAUAAAACGAAAUAUUAUUCACGACGAUAAAGAUUGUUAAUAAAAACUGUAAUAAAUAAAAAUGAAAAAAGCAGUAGUAAGUGUUAGCUAAUGUUCAAUUUUAAAAUUGCACCAACACCAGCGUGUGAAUGUGAAUUAGGCCUUUCUUUGAGAAUCCAUUUUCUUAUGGUAAUCUUCAGAUAAAGUUCUUGAUUUGAAUAUUUUCAACGUUUGGCAAAAAUUCAUAUCUCCUCCCGCAAUAAUAGUUAUCUAUUAUAAGAGUGUAUUAGGUAGCGACUAACACACGACUGCAAUAUAACGUUUUAUCCACAAUCACAAGCCCAAAUUAUUCCAAACUUAAUUAAAAAUUAAACUGACAUUUAAACGUCACGCCAAAUGUGCUUUCGGUUAAACGUAUAAGCUGUUACGUGGUGCACUGCUUCCACUAACAGUGGAAUAAAGUUGCUUUAUUCCACUAGUAGAUAAAGUGGUACUUUAUACGCAUCAAAAGUGUGGAAUAAAGUCUCUUUAUAGAGUGAUUGUGGAUAAUAAUAAUUUAUGACUGUUAUAAAUUAAUUACACUUUUGGAAAAAUCCAAAACAAAUAGAUGGUAGAAAUAACCAAAGGUUGGUAAUGCUAGGGGGAUCGCCUGCGCAUUAUCUAUAAUUGAAUAAAAGAGGUAAGACUGAUGAUAAGAGAUUAGUCAGGCCUGCUCCAGAUAAAAAGUAUUAAUCCGAUAAACCUAAAAUUUAACAAUAUAAGUAGGUGUACUAAAGGCUGUAACCAAGGUAAGGACUUAAAAAUUUUUGCGAUUCCAGGCAUUGCAAAAAUCCAAGCAGUUUUUUAGGCAUAACCUUAAUCUCUGAAAUUCACCACGUGGCUGCACCCCAAUUCCAGCUAGAAUUGAAAUCCCUAUCAAUAGAGAUAGAGAUAGGAUCUACACACGGGACAUAAUUUCUUCACUGUCUUUUAUCCAGCAGGAGAAGGGGUACAUUUUUUGGUGUUAUAUCGCCUCAACUCGUGGGAUAAUGAUGAUGGAAGAUGGAAAAGGAAGAAAGGGAAGCGGAGAUUGGACCAUCGUCUGUUCCGUGACGAUGGUUGAUGCUGUAACACAAACAUUCUCAACGGAGAAGAAAAUGGUAGACGCAACGACCCAGACGGGAAUUGCGAAAACCAAAAGGGAAUUAACGGAACCGUUCAUCAUCCGAAAAAAGAGAACCUUUGCUGAGUUUAGAGAAUUAGAAAAACGUGAGGGGCCAAACAUCCACUACGAAAAAGUUAAAAUGAUAUCAGCAAGCCCCUUUGCUAUGUCAAUGGACGCAGCCCCGGUGAUAAUCGUGUCUAGAAACUUGAAGGAAAAAGGACCAUUACUUCACUAUUUUUACCAGCGGUAUCCAGAGUACAAAGAGUUAACACUCAAAAGCGAGAAUCCCAUGGAGUGCGAGGUCAUCUUCAUAAAAGAAAGCCUAGUGCUUGUGACCGAAACAGGAGAUAAGGGACCCCAAGAAGACAAGUACAUGUUUAUAGUAAUUGCUGAUGAGCUGGAAGCCGCAAACGGGGCACUAGAGAAAACAUACAAUUCUCUUAUGGAUCUGAAAGAGAAAGUAAACAGACUGCGAAUUACCAAAAUCGCCGUGGCAUGCGAUCUGAUGUACAGACUCGAGUAUCACAGGAAGAUGCUCGAGUACAUCUUCAGAGGAGAAAAAGUGGAAGUCACUUUUUGUAUUCUUCCUUUGGUGCAACAAAAUCCCGAAGAGGAUUGGCAGACAGAUGCCAUAAUCAUAAAGUGUCGGAGAGAUACAUACGAUUCCUUGUUGUUUGAAGUACAUGAACACUUGAAAGAUAUUGACUGCAUUAUCACAAAAAUGGAGUCGGAGAAAAUCUUAAUAUUAGUCGAGAAAGGACAAGGGAAGUACAUUCAGGAGAUUAUUCGCUCUAGGAUGAGACGAGGUAAUGUCAUCUUAAAGACAAAUCGUGAACGAAGAGAAAAUCGUCAACAGACAGAUGCUAUCCUUAUUUGCGGUUAUUCGGUGGGAGUUACAUUCGAAUCUUUGUUGUUUGAAGUACGUGAACAUUUAAAAGACAUUGACCAGAUCAUCACUGAAGUCAAGAAAAUGAAGAAGAGGAAUCUCUUAUUGCGUGUCGUUAAGGGGCAAGGAAAGGAAAUUGCAAAGAUCCUUGUCGGUAAGAUGAGCGGAUAUAAGAUCAUCUCAACGGCGCAUGGCGAAGAAAGUGAUGUAUACUUGCCUUAUAAAGUGAAGGAAGUCAAUAAGCGUAUUUUUUGUGAAAAAUGCUGGGAACCGGGCCAUAUGCAUAUGAUAUGCGAAGGUGUGAACAGAAGCAAUCUGUGCCCCAACUGUGGGGAAGAAUGUCAUUCUGAGAUUUGCAGAAAACCUGUGUUUUGUCCAGUGUGCAACAGCAAGAGGCAUAGAGCGAGAACUCACCCGUGUCUGAUUGCUCACCAAAAGCUAGCACUAAAAGAACUCGAGAAGCAGAUCAUUAACUUUCCUCCAGAGACCAUGCAACAGAAUCCCGAACAGUGGGAAACAGAUACCAUAAUAAUAAGUGUAGAUAAAAAAGCUUCGUAUGAAUCCCUGUUGUUUGAAGUACGUGAACACUUGAAAGACGUUGAUUGUAUUAUCAUUGCAAUACAGAGAAUGGGGUUGAGGAAAGUGUCGAUGCUUGUCGAGAAAGGACAAGGAGAGCGCAUUAAGGAGAUCCUUAGUUCUAAGAUGAGCGGUCAUAGAAUCGUAAAGAAAGACCGUUAUGAUGGUUUUUGUUCUAAGUGCUGGGAACGCGGUCAUAUUGAUAUGACAUGCAAAGGCGUGGACAGAAGAAAUUUGUGCCAACGUUGUGGAGAAGAAGGGCAUUCUAUGGAUGGAUGCAAAAAUUGCAAAUUCUGCCCGGUGUGCAACACUAGGGGGCACAUAGCGAGAACGCCGAAGUGUCAUAAAAAGGCAGCGACGCAGAAAAAGGCAAAGAAGCCUUGCGGUGACCCGGUUUCUUCAGGUCAACCUCAAUAGAAGUGUCGUGGUGAGUAAAAGGUGUAUUAAAAUUAAUAAUGACUGAUUCUAAAAGGCAUUCCGUGCACCACAUGCAGACAAAGAAUAAAUUUCCCGUUACGUGCAAUUGGAAGAAAUUGGAGAAAUGGCUCUUCUUCUUAACCAACGAAACAAUUGUUUAAUUUUUUAUAUAAAAAAAUAAUACGUAUAAAUAGUGGUACCAAAUUUUUCGAAUAGUGAAAUAAUUUUUUUACGGCUUACAGCAAGUAUAUAAAUAAUUUUUCGUUUAUGAAACAGAACUGUAGAUUAACUGUAAUUGAAUGUUACGUUUGUUUAAAGGGCUUAUACAAAGUUUAAUAUACUGUUAAAUUUGUAAUAUAAUUAAUUUGAUUUAG